AUGGCCGCCAUCGCCAUUGCGACAUAUGUAGCAUGACAAGUCAUGUCAAUUUUGUCCAUGAUAUAUGAAAAAUUCCAAUGGCAGAUUCUUUCUUCGGGUUCGAUACUUCGUUAUCGAACUUAAAUGACGAUGAGGGAGGUGGGGAGCCCUCGGAGGACGAGUAUGAUGCCCUCAAUGAUGAGACAUUCGGCCAGGACUCCGAUAUUCUGGACUGGGAGGUGGAGCAUGAACAGCUCGCCGAGCAGUUGGAGAGCAGUCGCCGGCACCAUCACAUGGACCACACUGCCAAUGAGCUCGAAGCGUCGUUGUCGCAGCUAGUGUUGGACGAGACAGAUGCGCCGCUGCCCCGAGCGCUCGGAUCGAGCGUGUGGCGUCAUGAAGUGCCAUUCCCGACCACUACACCAGUACCAACCCUUAAGAAUGUGUGUACGGUGGAGGAGCUUGAGCGGCAGCUGCGGCAGAAUCAGCCGCCGCAGCAGAACAUGCCAUUCGGCUCGCAGAACUUCUUCCAGCCGCGAUUUCCACCGGUCAUUUUACAAAGACCGCCUGGUUUGCAAGCCCCGGUAUCUCUACCAUUCGCCCCACAGCAAUCCAUGAACCAAAUGGGUCAAAUCAGCCAGCCACUUAACAAGAUCAUAGGCCAAAACGCCAUGAACCAGACGAACCUCAUGCAGAACCAAAUGGGACAAAGUAUCAACCAAAUGAGUCAAAAUAUGAACCAAAUGGGUCAAAUUGGGCAGAGUAUGAACCAAAUGGGACAAAACGUAAAUCCCAUGGGACAAAAUCUCAAUCAGUUGAGUCAAAAUGUUAAUCAAAUUGGACAGGGCGUGAACCAAAUGGGGCAAAAUGUGAACCAGUUCAUGCAAAACGCAAACCAAAUGGGAAACUUUCAGAACAACCAAAUGGGACAGAAUAACAUGAUGAAUAUGCAGGUUAACCAAUUAAUGCAAAAUGUAAAUCAAAUGGGCCAAAAUGUUCAAAUGGCUCAAAAUGUUCAAAUGGGUCAAAAUGUGAACCAGAUGAAUCAAAACAUGACUCAGAUGAGUCAAAGUAUGAACCCAAUGAGUCAGAAUAUGAACCAAAUGGGACAAAAUAUGAAUCAAAUGGGUCAAAAUGUGAACCAAAUGAUCCCAAAUGGUAAUCAGUUUAACCCAGGCAUGAAUCAGUUUCCCCACAUGAUGGGUCAGCCCAGGAUGAUGGCCCCACCACCAGGAAUUAAUAUGCCCAGACAAAAUUUUAGUCCAAACAUGGGCCAGUUUAACCCAAAUUUUCGUGGCCCAACAAUACAACCAAAACCCGAACAACAGUUGAAUCAACAGCAACAACAAAACAUGAUGAUGAGUCAACAAUUGCAACAACUAAAAAACCAAUCAACUCAGAUUAAUCAGAAAUCUCUUCCAAACCAACUGUCAAAUCAGGUUCAACAGAAUCCUCAGAAUUCUGUCCAGAACCAGAUUAACCAGCCACCGUUUCAGAAUCAGAUAAACAAUCAAAUUAAAACGAAUCACAAAGUCCAAAAUCAAAAUCAGAGCCAGAAUCAAAAUAACCAGCAGAAUCAGAAAUUACAGAAAAGUCGUAUUUAUAACAAUUCAAAGAAUGUAAAUUCGCAGAAUUUGACGUCGCAGAAUAUGACGUCUCAGAAUUUGACAUCACAGAAUUUGACAUCUCAGAAUUUAGUACAGCUUAUACAAAAUACGCAUCCGAUGUUGCAAUUCAAUAAUAGCUUUCAUAACGCGAGCCAUCAUCCUAUGUUGAAUAGGAACAACGUGUUCAACAGCCAGUUCAACAACAAUUUAUUCAACAACCAGAGGCACAACGGGACUUACAGUAAUAACAAUAGGCAGUCAAUGAAUGGCGAUGACGCAUCCACAAGCAGUGACAACGACGAGUACGCAGGACUCAUGACGCAAAGAGAAAAACAAUGGCUCAUUAACAUUCAAAUGUUACAACUUAGCACAGGAACGCCUUAUAUUCACGAUUUUUACUACACGGUGUUCCUAGAGCGACAAGCUAAUAAAGAAAAGGAGGGUGUCAAGGAAGCGCAUAAGGCCAACCAGCAGAAUCAUCCCUUCUACAGCGGUGGGGUCAAGCAAGAGACGCACACGCACACACGCGAGCGACACAACUCGACCCGCCACAACUCCACGGGGGAUGAUGCGCAGGCGCCGCGCACCUACGUGCCUACGCAGUUCGAGAACUCGCUUGGAAAACUGCAGUGCGGUAGUGUAACGGCGCCGCGGAAGAUCAUCGACGUGGAAGUGGUGUCGGGUGAGCCGGCGCCGCCCAGCCGCUGUAGCCGCGCGCCCAGUGUCGCCAGCACAACCAACCCCGCAGAGAUACCGCGCGAGUUGAGAAGAACGAAGCAACUGCUCCUUGAAAUCGAAGCUUUGUACCUGAUAUUGCUCAGGCUUGAAGAACUCAACGAUCCGUUGGCGAUCUCCAACGCGCUUAUAUUGAAGGAAAGGGAAGAGAAACAAAAACAACUAGAGCUGGCCCAAAAAGAGGCACUAGAAAACGAGCAAGAGGAGGACUCUAACGUCUUUCUGAGGAACAUAGAGUCCGUACAGAGGAGGCCUAAACAGGACAGCCCUAAAAGCGAAAGCAUUGAUAAGAGACAGGUAGUAAACCUAGCUGUAGGGACGAAACCGGCGCCAGUCAAAAACCUUUUAGACGAAGACAAAGAAGAACUAAUAGGAAGGUUGUUUUCUGGACUACUCCACCAGGACAAGCUUCAUCAGGUGCUAGCUGUUAGAAAGGGACGGGCGCUGGUGGCGCGCUUCCUGACGCGCGUGCCGGCCGCGCACUCGCGCGUGCGCGCGCUGUGGCAGCGCCUGCUGCGCGCGCUGCCCGCCGCCGCGCGCCGCGACGCCUCGGGGCUGGCCGCGCUGGCGCCGCACUACCGCAGAUACAUUCAGAACACGUCAGGGUGGUCAGCGAUACUCGAAUCCUGCAGCUUACUGUCAGAAGCUUUCGAUCCUGCGAGGACGCCCUACGCGCUUACCACACCUUUAACCCUAAGCUGCGUAUGCGCAUUAAUAGAAAAAGCAUCGGCGCUAGUAAACACCCCCGAGCCAACAUCAAACGAGCGACAAUGGUCGAAAUUCCUUAAAACACUUGCGCGGGCGUUGAAGAACACAACUCUAACAGUAUCAAAACCGAUACACCCGAUAUCCGAGGCUCGAUUAAUCCAACACUUGAAGCAAUUAGAUUCAAGAACAACAAUCGAAAUUUUACAACGAGGUAAACCAGCUGUAGAUUUCUCUGAUAUCACCAAAAUGGACGUGUCAGAACAAUUGGUCAAACAUUUGUGUUGAUAUUUGCUUUGAUAUUGGCUGCGUUUGGCCAAUAUGUGCGAAUGGAUUGGCUGUUGUAUGACAAACGUUUUUGUGAGCUGUCAGUAAAGUUUAAGGUGACAUUUCACUUGUGAUAGCAUAAAACUUAUUUUCUUUAUUUAAUACGUAAUCAUGGCGCCACACUUACUGAAAUUCAAUGAGCCUCUCUCGCAAAUUAUGUUCAAUUUACUUUGCCGCGGAACUUUUAGCAGUAAUAUAUGAACUUUCAUGUCAAUUAUGUAAAGUAUAUAGAUACGAGCCAAAAACCAUGUCAACUAUUCUUGCACUGUCCCGGGAAUUCCCGGAAUUACCGUAUCGUAUCUAAUCCGUCCGUCCGAAACAAUUACAAUCGGUCAUUAUCGGUCUAAUGAAUGAAAAGAAUUAAUUAAAUAUUCUUUAUUGCACAAUGACAAAACAGAACAGUAAUAUAUCACAGAGUAAGAUAAUGUACAACAGGCGGCCAUAUUGCUAAGGAGCAAUUUCUUCCAGGUA